CGCCGCCCGCUUUAAAACGCCCGAGACGGGACACGGUGGAUUCAUCGCCGCCACCCGCUCGUACCGCAGCCCCCGGCAACCCCGGACCGUCCGGCAAACUCGCCUGCAUCAUGGACGCGCCGCUAUCGCAGAGCAUGGACUCCGUCAACACGGUGGCCACCGGCGAAGACGAGGUGCGCACCUUGUUCGUGAGCGGCUUGCCGAUGGACACCAAGCCGAGGGAGCUCUAUCUGCUUUUCAGAGCGUACGAGGGGUACGAGGGGUCGCUGUUAAAAGUCACGAGUAAAAAUGGGAAAACAGCGUCGCCGGUGGGAUUCGUGACUUUUCACACAAGGGCAGGCGCGGAGGCGGCGAAGCAGGAUCUGCAGCAGGGGGUUAGAUUCGAUCCUGAUAUGCCACAAACCAUACGUUUGGAAUUUGCAAAAAGUAACACAAAGGUUAGCAAACCCAAGCAACCAGCCGCUGCAGCAGCCACCUCGCACCCCGCUCUGAUGCACCCUUUAACGGGACACCUAGGGAGCCCGUUCUUCCCCGGUGGUCCUGAAUUGUGGCAUCAUCCAUUGGCGUACUCUACAGCCGGCGAAUUACCGGGCACGCUGCAACAUGCGACGCUGGUGCACCCGGCGUUACAUCCUCAGGUCCCCGCGCCUAUGUCCCUGCCGCAUCCUACGACGUUGACGUCGAUACACGCGUCGCUGCCUCAUUUUCUACCGUCGCCGGCACUGGCGUCACCGGUCGGAUCACCCUCGUCACAGCCGAACAUAGCCGUCAGCAAUGCGCAAUGCUCCACCCUCUUCGUGGCGAACCUGGGCCAGUUCGUGUCCGAGCAUGAGCUAAAGGACAUCUUCAGCAGUUUUCCUGGUUUCUCCCGGCUUCGUAUGCACACGAAGGGAGGGUCGCCAGUGGCCUUUGUCGAAUACCAAGACGUUCGCUACGCGGCCCAGGCGAUGGCCACUCUCCAAGGAUCCUUUCUCCUCUCCUCCGACCGGGGAGCGAUACGAAUCGAAUAUGCAAAGUCAAAAAUGGCCGAGGUGGGCUUUACAAAUCUCUGGAUCGAAGGAUCAAAGAGACAAGAAAACGGCCAACCUUAAAAUCGACAUCAACGGCAUGUAAAAAGGCAGAAUAUCGGGCGGCCCGAGGAGACGACAGGACGCGCUCUCGUAAGACAGGCUAUGCACCGGAAGAUAAGACACGAAGAACCGUACAAGAAGUCGCACACACCACCGUCGAGCAGUCGAGGAUUCGUCGGCGAGAGACCGCGGGGUAGCGGAACGUAGGACGCGGGAGCAGUAAACACACACAUACAUACACAUACGAGAAAGAAGGAAGGAUGAGAAGACGCAAAAAUUGCGAGCGCGUGAGUGGAAGGGCAAGAUUUCGGUCGCCCUUCCGCCCGGAAAAGGGACACACAGCGAACACACAUCGGUAGGCAAGUUCUUGUAAAUUCUUCGAGCGUUGCGGAGCGGAGGCGUGUUGUUCGCGCGACUCUAGCGGGGGGCCCAAUAUAAUCACAUAAUAAUUCCUAGGUAUAUAUAUUUUUUAACGAACUUAACUUAUCGCGAUUCGCGUACCUAUCUUUACCUAUUAUUUAUUUUCACCGUGUCUUUGAUCGCGAUCGACGAUGACGAAGCGAGAGACAGGGGCGGCGGAGGGGAAGGGGAGGGAUAGAGCUGAAGUAGAUGGAGCAGCAGAAGAACGAAGAAGAAAACGAGGAAGCGGAUUUUAUUUCUUGUAUGUGUAUACAUAUGUAAAGAAGAAUGGCACUCUUCGCAGUCACACGCGCACGUUAUAUCGCGAUAUUUGGUUACACGACAUACAUAUACACGUACACAAAUUACACACACAAAACAAAUACAUUUAUACGCGACAGUCGCGAAGAUAUUUUUCAGGCAUACUAAGCCACCCUGGGAUACAUUCGCGAUACAUAUCAUGAAAAUUGCAAUCAUCGGUAAUCUAUUGGGUGUUUCGGAAAAAAACUUCUAAAAGAUUUAAAUAUUAACUAAGUCAUGACAUCGAGCUCGAAUUUUUCAAAUUGUCCGUAUCGUUGGAAAAAUGAAGUCGCAAGUGUCGAGUCUCACAAAAAGUAAGUUCAUUAAAGCGCAUUAAAGCGCAUUGGUACAUACGCACGAUGCGAAUCCUGGUGGUGGCUCUAACGCGAAAUUGCGUAUUCCACAAUCCACACACUGAAACGAAACAAACGAGGCGAAGAUGAGUACAUCAAGCUUAAUACCAAAGGUGCCCUAAGAAGCGUGUAUUUAUGUUUUAUCAUCGGCGCGUCGCGCGAAGCACGAGCGCGCGUACAUUUAACUAUUGUAUCUUGUUAAGAAGAAUCUAGUGUCCUAGGCGAGAGUGAAGAGAAUGAGAGGGACUGAGAAAGAAAGAAUGUGUAUAUGUGUGUGUGUGUGUGUUUUGUGCAGAAAAAAGAAGAAGGAAGAAGUUCGAGCGAGAAUGUAACUGUGAAUGCGAGAGAACGUGCACGGAAAGAGAGACAGAACGACCAGAUCGAGAGAAUGAUAAGAGGAUGAUUGUAAGUAAUAAUCUUAUACAUAUAUAUACAUAACGAACGCGAACAUAUCAUAGGGUUAAGCCUGUAGUUGAGGAUUAAAGUGCGGCGAGAGGAGAAUCUGAACGACCGUCCGCCUCUCCGUAAGGCAAAAAGAUUGCGCGAGAGCGGACGGAAGAAAAGAGGGUAGUAGUGAAGGUGAUGUGCCCCGCGUGUUAGAAACGGCGGCCAACUCGGCACGUAAUUUGCCCAAGUGCCUUUCUGUUGGUCGAGUCACAAGCUGUAAUCGGUAGCGUGUUACACACAUAGAUCUUGUCCCGAUUUUUCGAAACUCCCCCAAAAAAAAGAGACUCCCGGCGCUUCUCUAAACCGUGCAACCCGAAAUACGUCCCAUUCGCCUCUCUUUCGUCCUGUUUCGCAUUCUCCUUUCCCUCCCGCCUUCCCCUCUUACUUUCUCGGUCGCGGAAAGCUGCGAUGAGAGUGCAUUAACGAUCACGUAAUGAUUCGAGGAUCAAAGGCGAGUUUUCGGCGGGAUUUCGAGUGGAACUCGUUUUCCGAAAUGGUUCAACAAAUUCAUGAAAAUCUAUAAAAUAGCUCUUGGCAAUUUCUCUUUGACAUUAUUGAUGCUUUUCUUCGAUUCUGUUUGCACGGAAUACUUUCAUAAAUCUUGCGUUCACGUAAACGUACGUAUACAUAUUUAAAAAGAAAGUUAUAAUGACAUUUAUAUAUAAUUCUGUAUUUGCAGAAUUUUUUUAAUAAGUUUGUUUUUAAUAAGAUUGCAUGACGAAUGUAUUUGCAUAAAUUAUAACAGAGAUUACAAAUAGAUCUUAACGAAUAGUGUUACAAAGAUUGUUAGAGCAGCUUUCAGUAAUCUUACGCAGCUUCCGCCGAUGUAUCCUCGAGUUUCACGACCAACCUUCGUAUCCCCCGUUGUAUCACUGGGCAUUUAUUACAAGUAUCCGCAAUUAACGAAAGUGGACGUUACUUAAGAGAGUAAAAAAGAAAAGCCGCCGAUUAAACAGUGGAUUAUGUCGGUAAUGGCGAUCAUCCACCGGCGCGCUCGGACGAGUUCCGAUCGAUCAUCCAUCAUAGAUCGUCCAUCAUCGUCGUCAUCGAUCGUCAAGUCAUUGAUCGCGCCAGUAUGUUCUUUAUUUUUCUACGGAAAGCGACUGGAGAGCAACUACGUUAGAAAUAUCACUCCGCGAUAUUGGGACUUGACGAGCACACGAUACACACCCGAGUACACGCGUGGGAAUGAGAGGAAGAGUCAAUGGAAAGUAUGAGGUUAACUAUAUAUUGUUAGGCGAAAUUUUUCGAAUUUCCACUUUAACCCUUUGCACUCUCUCACGCUCGAGUCCUACUUUACAUAUCAACGUAGAUUAUCGAAUGGAUAAAAAAAAAAUUGAUAUUUUGUAAUGCUACAAAUUUUGGAUUUAACGCUAACUGAGAAAUCACUGCGAUAAAAUGUAAUUUACGAAACUUUAGGAAGUAUAAUCUAAGUUGUAAUCGAAACGAGGCCUUAACAAUUCGAGGAACAGUGCAGAAGUGGACUGAGAUUUAGAUCCUCCGUACAAGAGUAUCCAUCUCAGAUAUUCAAAAACAAAUAAUUGCGUCAACGUGUAAUUGAAUAAUGAAAAAAAAAGAACUUGAUUAGCGUAUUAUUGCGGAUGGAAUAGCUUUCAUGCGCUUGGAACCAGACUUACACACGGUUGGCCUUCUUCUUUAAAAAAAAAAAAAAUGUAACACUCUGAGUGCGUAUCUUUUGCAAUUAAGAGAAAUAGUAUAAAUUACGUCUGAGCGCAAAGGGUUAAUGGAAUACGACAGCAUCAAAGACACAAGAAUCCAUAGGAAUUUCAAACCUGUCGGCUAUGGUUCACGAGUCUAGCAAAAGUGUCUAGCAAAAAAGAGUAGAGAGAUAAGAGAAAUGUAGUGAGGAGAGGGCAAAUGAGAAGUUCAGCAGACAGAAGUUUGGAUAGCGCGGCCGUGAUUGCUCGAGUAUCGCGAUCGCGAGGGAUGAUCGUCGAUCUUGGAAAGAUGCGAGGAUGCGGCGCGGCAAAACGCAUUAUUCGGUGUAUUCAAUAGCUCGUUAUUUUGUAAUUAGCCGUUAAGAGGCGGAUUCGUCGUUAUUCACGGUCGGAAUCGACGAAUCGUUAGAUUGAAUUUUAAAGUGCUUUACAAGUGAACUAACACAUAUCAGUAGGCAGUACGCUAUUAUUAUAUUAACAUAGUGUGGUAUUCGCGUAAGGAUAUAUUAGAGGUUAACAUAAAAUAUGAAGAAGUAUAUAUAUACAUAUAUCUACAGAUAGAUAUAUAUAUAUGAAGAAAAAAAAAGUAUAUAUUAAACAGCGCGACUUUUAAAGUUACAGGGGGCGAGAAGUACAUGUCAAUCAGAUAUUUUGUACCGUCUCUAGAAAAUUACUCUAGCGAG